UAUGCUCUAUGGCUUAAUGUACAUUAGUUAAGUCAAAAAUCAAAAUAAAAAUAACCUAUAAAAUACUUGUUACUAAAAUAAUAAAAUGAAUAUUUGUGUGAAAACUAAGUAUUUAAGAUCUAGUUUUGUAAGUAGCUUAUGUCGUUUAUCUACAGCACCAGAUUUAGAACAGAAUGAACAAGUAGUUUUAAUCGAUGAUACAGAAGAUGUUCAGGCUAAAGAAGCAGCAAUUGAAAAGAAAAGAAAUAAGUCAGGCCUGACUCAGGCUCAUUAUAACAUAAUAAAUGGCAGACGGCCAUAUGAGGAACCUAAAUGUAUAGCUCAUUUAACAGUGAAGUAUAGUAGAAAAAUGUAUGGUAAAUACGGUAUAGCCAGUGGAGUUAAUCCAAGUCUUUGUUGGCCCACCAGAGAAGAAUUAAGAGAAAAAAAAGAAUUUGAAUCAGUUGCAUAUCCCUACACAAUUAAAGAAGUGAUGGAUUCAGUGGAGAUAAAGAGACAGGAACAAAAGCUAAAAACUGAACAGAGAGAAAUAGAGUUAGCUUCAAAGUUUGCCAAGUUGGAGCAAUGGAAGAAGGAGUUAAAUGAUAAGAUUAACAAGAAAGCCAAUGAAGUAAAAGCUGCUAAGCAAAAGAAGGAACGUCUUGUAGAAGAAGUGAGAAGGCACUUUGGUUUCACACUUGAUCCUAGAGAUGAACGAUUCCAAGAAAUGCUGGCUAAGAGGGAGAAAGAGCAAAAGAAACUUGAAAAGCAGGCUAGAAUGGAAGCUAAGGAGAAGAUAAUGAUUGCUAAACUGCAACAAAAGAAUGUUGAAAUCAGUGAGAAAUGAGUACUAGUUAAGAACCUGUGUAAAUUUGUGUAGAAAUAAAUUAAUUUGUUAAUCUGAAA